AUGGGUCUUUUGUCCAUUUCCGGCGCAUCCGACCGCUCGGUUCCGAAGACCACCAUAUACGUGGACAAGUCGGGUUCGGGGAAUUAUUCCUCGGUGCAAGAAGCUAUCGACUCCAUUCCGGACGAUAACAAUCAGUGGAUACAUAUCCUCAUCAAACGGGGAACCUACCGCGAAAAGGUGAAGGUCCCUAGAAAGAAACAGUACGUCUUCCUCCAUGGCGACGGUCGCGACAUGACCACCAUCGAGUACGGGGAUUCGGGGAACGCCAUCGAAGCCGCCACCUUCCAGCUUUAUGCGGAUAAUUUUGUUGCCUCAGACAUUACCUUCAAGAACAGCUACAGUGCUGCGAUAUCGAACAUACACAAUACUAGCCUUACAUGGGCCCCGGCUGCUCUACUCGUUGCAGACAAGGUGUCGUUUCACAGGUGCGGCUUUCACGGCAUUCAGGACACUCUCGGAGAUGCGCAAGGCCGACAUUACUUCGAGAAGUGCUACAUCUCAGGAGCCAUAGAUUUCAUCUGGGGCCACGGUCAGUCGGUGUAUAAGCAUUGCCUGCUGGAGACCACAGCCUCCACCAUUGGCCAGGAUGGUUAUAUCACGGCACAAGGCCGACAAGGAGCGGACGAUCCAAGUGCAUUUGUGUUCAUUCGAUGCUGGGUGAAGGGAGAAGGCCACACCUAUCUCGGGAGAGCAUAUCGGCGGUACUCAAGAGUCCUAUUUUACCAUACGAGAAUGACUGACGUCGUUGUGCCUGCGGGUUGGUCCUCCUGGAACUACCGAGGCCAUGAGGAGGACAUCACAUUCGCCGAAGUCAGAUGCACGGGAGAGGGCGCCAGCAAAUCCGGGCGUGUGAAGUGGAUGAAAGACCUGCCAUCUCAGGAAGUACAGUACUUCCUCUCAAACGACUUCAUUAGCCAGGAUGGCUGGUUGAAGAACCAACCUCGAUACAUAGAGAUCCAAACACCUCGUUACUGA